UGCGCCCAAAGCACACCAUCCUUUUCUUUCUCUUCUUCUCUAUACCCUUAUGUAACCUUCAACAGUUCAAAAAACAAAAGCAAAGCAUCUUCUAUUCUACUCUCUUUCUUUUUCGUGCAAGUUUCAACUUUUUUUUCUUGCUCAAGAGUUUAGCUACAACUAAUAAUAAUUAAUCUACUAUUACAAACUGUGUCGGUGUAUCUUUUUGGUGUAUAUCUUGGAUUAAUGUAGACAAUAUGUGUCAACAAGAGUUACAUCUUUUGGUUCUUAUUUGUUGUCCCCCUAAUAUUGUUCCUAUUUUCUGAUGCAUGUAAAACUCAUGACAUUAACAUUUAAACAUUGAGGUCCUGUUUUAUAGCAUGAAGUGCCUAAAACUUGGAGUUUGAUUAGGCCCGUUUCAAAGUUUCUCUCUUUCUCUUCUUGGGUUGUUUUGUUUUGAGAAAAAGCAUUCAUUUUUGUUCAUUCUCUGAGAAAACAGAAAAUAAAAAAGUGAUUUUUAUUCAUCAUGAGUUUUCUAACAGGCUCUCCUAAAGGCUCUUGGCAACCCAUUAUGACUGUGAAGACAAAUACUCAGAGCUAUUGGUUUAAUUGGAGGGUUUUGCUUUGUGGGAUUUGGGUUCUGCUUUCAAUCAUUUUCUCAUCAUUGCUUAUAUGGAAAUAUGAAAAACGUUUGAGAAAUGUUGAAGCAGGAAAUGGUGGUGAUAGUGAAAGGGAAAGACAAGAUGAGAAUUCAGCAGUUUUGUAUGAGGAUGAAACUUGGAAGCCUUGUUUGAAAGGAAUUCAUCCUACUUGGCUUUUGGCUUUUAGAGUUUUUGCUUUUUUUGUGCUUUUGGUGCUUCUUGCUGUUAAUGCUGCUGUUGAUGGAGGAAGCAUUUUCUAUUACUAUACUCAGUGGACAUUUGCUUCAAUCACAUUUUACUUUGGGUUAGGAUCAAUACUCUCCAUUGAUGGAUGUUACCGACAUCGUAAGAAAGCGAGUGGCGAUAAUAAGGUUGAUAAUGUAGAUGUAGAUGGAGAGCAAGGAAUGUAUAAUGUUCAUAUACUUCCACAAAGUUCUUAUGCAUCAGACCAAGAGAAAAAUUUGGGAGUACCGGAAGUUUUCGUUCGCCAACAUGCUGGAACUUGGGGUUAUGUUUUUCAAAUAAUAUUCCAGAUAAAUGCAGGUGCUGCACUGCUCACUGAUUGUGUAUUUUGGUUUGUGUUUGUUCCAUUUCUAACCAUCAAAGAUUACAAUCUAAAUUUUCUGGUAAUCGUUAUGCACUCAAUCAAUGCUGUUUUCCUCGUUGGUGAUACAGCUUUAAAUUGCUUGCCUUUCCCUUGGUUUCGAAUGGGAUACUUUUGCUUAUGGACAGUCACAUAUGUGAUUUUCCAAUGGAUUGUUCAUGCUUGCAUUAAUCUCUGGUGGCCUUAUCCAUUUCUUGACUUAUCAUCCUCAUUUGCUCCACUAUGGUACUUUGCUGUGGCAUUACUGCAUAUUCCUUGCUAUGGUAUUUUCACUUUGGUAAUGAAGCUGAAACAUUACGUCUUGUCAACGCGCUACCCCGACUCAUAUCAAGGUGCUAGAUGAUAUUGGCUUAGGACUAAACCAACCUAUAGCUUCAAUUUUAUGAAGAACGUCAACUUUACCAUAGAAAGAAGGAGAGAUAAGGAAGGAGGAAGAGUUAAAUAACACUGUUUAGCAAAAUGAAUUCACACACUGUCAAAAUAAGUAGCAAAAUAUAUUUUUUGGGGUGAAGAUUAGCAGUUGAAAAAGAAAUAAAUAGAGUAUGGCUCUUGCUUUCUGCUAAUACUUAUAGAGAUUUCAUACAUGUAAUUAGUUAUGAAUUCUUACAAGAACUAAUCUGUCGUAUCAUCUUCUUAAAUAUCCAGUUCUCAAUGGCUAAA